UUAAAAACGGAAUAAAGCUGGCAGCUCGACGGCAAUUUUGUAAUUUACCAAUGGACCGAAAACCAUCGUUGUCUAUCGUAUUUUAUCAUUCUUGAAGUUCGGUCGUUUAGGCAGAAUUCGUCUACCGCGACAUGUAUUUGUUGACUCGUUAUUUGUUGAAAAGAAAUGCCUUAGUAUUAAAAGAAAACUUCGUAAAGAGAAUGAAAUUCUGUACCAGCCUCUGUCUAAACAGUUCUCAGGAUUCAUUUGACAAGAAAAACAAUUCAGACUUUUUGGAUACUGUGAAUAAAUUGUAUGGAUUUUUCAAAAGACCAGAUUACUAUCGGAGAGACAAUAUUGAAAGAGAACAUUACAAACUGGUGUAUCAUGCUGGUCUAGAUAACUACGUAAGGGGUUCUCAACUUGUAGUCACUCUCUCAACAUUUCUUACUAUGGCUGGUGGAAUAUAUUUAGGAAUAUCGUAUUGGAUGGGUGAAAACAUAAUUUGGUCUACAAGUCUACUAGAGAACAAUGUAGAAAUAAUAUUAAGUUUAAUCUCAUUGGUAAUUUUCAAUUGGGUUGUAUCUUUUGUUUACUUGCGUGUUCCCUAUCGAAUCUAUUAUCGACAAGAGACGGACCAGUUUCUGUUUUUAUUUUGUUCACUGUUCAAUAUCUUUAGAUAUAAAACUGUUUGGUGUCACUCGGGAGAAAUGAAAGUGCGUACUGAUCCACUUUAUCCUUAUUUAACUGGGAAAUACUGUGUGAAGAACCAGAACUUGAUCCUGCACUCCUAUAAAUUUGUUUCUCCUGCUUAUUAUAAUUUAUUACUUGGCAUUAAACAAUUGGACGAUUAACAAUAUUUAUUAUUUAAUUUCUUUAUAAUGUUUGAAGAUUUACUUCAUAUUAUUUUAUAAUUAAUAAAAAUUGACAAAUUUUAGUCAUUUCAAAUAUAUAAUGUUUUUCUUCCACUGUUGUUAAAUUAUGAGAAGUAUCAUUAUAUCUAUUUGAAAUAUAUACAUAAUUUAAAACUGCAUUUGAAAAAUAAUUUUUUUGUAGUUUUGUUAAAGCAUCCUUUAUUUAAAUUUAAUUCAUUUACUGAAAUAUCACUAUCAGUCCAGUGAAUAUUAACACCAAGCUAACAUGUUUUGAGUUAUUAGAGUAGGGAUCCCAUUAUGGCUAACCUAAAGCUUUCAUUAUUAUUUUGACCAACUCCAAUUUUUCCCAAAAUGACUAAGCUAUCAUCUAGAGAGAUUAAUUGGGAAACUAAAGAAAUACUUGGUUCUCAUAACUAUUAUGUAAAAAAUGCAAUAAGAUCAAAUGUGAAAAGUGACAAGUAGGUCAUAUUGGAAACAGGGUGCAGUCUAGUGCUCCCCAGUAUGGCCCAAUUUGUAAAUCGUAAAAAACAAAUCUGAAAAUGACAAAAAGAGUUUUUAUUCAAUUUUGUUUUAAACUGAAAAAUUCUUAGUUCAAAUUAUUUCCUCAAAAAUAUUUUAAGAUUAUUACAAAAACAUUUAUGAUUCUAAAGUCAUAAUAAUACAAAAAGAUCAAUUAAAAUCAGAAAUGCAUCAUAAAUUUAAAAAACUAAACAAUGUAUUUUUCAAAAUGUUAUUUAUGUGUGAAGCGUGGAUUUUUCGGAUUUGUACGGGCCUCUUAAACAUCUAAAUUUUCGGUUAAGUAACUUGAAAAAACCCAAGGAAUUUAAACUAUAUCAAAUUUCACCGAGUUUGUAACAAUGAACUGAGGAAGUUUACAGUUAAGUGUGAAGAAUGCACCGUCAUCGUCAACAAGAGUCGAUGAAGUGUCAGCUCUCGCACGAAAAAGAUAUAAAAGGGGAGAUCACUGGAAGCUCAGGGCGUCCGCACACGGAAGGUAUUCUUAGUACUUGUGUUCGUCAAUCUCCAUGCCAAGGACUGUAAUCCUGUUGGAGAAGACACCACACCCUUCCAUACAGACGACGUUCGCCAACUCUUCCUUCCACCUAGAGAUAUUUAGGGGUAGAUUUUAUAAAAGCGCUCUCUCUCUGAACUAGAAACUAGGGCAGCGACCUAGCUAAGAACGUUGUGGUGGUGUGGAGGACAAAAAAGGAUGACAAAGAAGUAACUAUAAAUUAAACAGGAUUUUUAUUUAACUUCACUUACGUGGUCCUUUGUACACCUGGUUCGUUUAAACACACUUGAUCCCAAACUAUAGUACGCACACAAGUUCGAAGCCGUCCGACAAAUUCUAUAUGCUUUCACAGGCAUAAGACACGUGCUCGCGACAAUGAAAAAUUAUGGUUUGAGAUACUACAACUAACUUAAAUCUACCUUAAUCUAACUUAUAUGCUAAGGAAGAAGGGUGAAGAAAUUAAGAGAUAUGAAGAGAAGAGACAAGUAUAAAGGACAGAUUUGUGAAGGUACCCGGGUAAAUUUGGCAGUCUCCGAUCUUCUCUAUAUCGGUAUUUGAAUCAAUUUCCUUCCUCUCGUUUCCGUCUCUUGAGAAUUUGAGAGCGUUUUUUGAAGUCUUAAUCUGGGUGUCCUUCUAAUUUUCAUCCGUUCGCAGACAACUUCCAAGCCUUCUCUUUUUGUCCCACUAGGUGACAAACCUUUAGCUUGCUCUUUCAUACAUCUGUACACCUCAGACGCUGACCCAAAAGUGUCUUGUUCGUUUUACUGAUGCCUCAGGGCUUCUUAAUGUCCCCUUUGUCUUCUCCCUUUGUCCUUGGACAAAGGUUGUCCUCCACCCACAGAAAAAGAAUAGGUUAGAAAGUUCUAGAAACAGACGUUAAAGACAAAGGAAUUUAGGAGAAAUAAAACUUAUAUCUACCCCUAUUUACAAAGACAUGGCGUACCGCCACAUAUGCCCCCCUUUAGAAUCAAGCACCGUGGUGCAACUUGUGAUAAUCAAUCCUCCCCCCUCGCAGGUUAUGAUGAGGCUGGGGUCUCACAUCAUUUUUGCCCGCGGUCUUAUCUCCUACUUGUUCUAUACUAUCCCUUCUUGCUUGAGGUGGAUGCCCACGAUGUGCUGCUGCUCUUGAGCGGAUCCAUAUCGCUAUUUGUUCGUCUGCUUCUUCGUCCUCUUCGUCAUUCCUUUUUCCAUCUAUGCUUCCCAUUUUUUGGAGGCGACGACUGUUCCUUUUUGGUUCUUUAUACAUUGGCCGCUUGAUCUUUCGGGUUGAUUAGUGUACGAUUGAUGUGCCACAAGACAAGGUGGCUUGGGGGGAGUUGUUACUAUUGUGGAGGCGACGGAGGAUGCUCCAUAUGUUAUUCUUGUACAGGGGAGAGGACGCCAUAUGUUCCCAAAAAGCAUGCUUCUGGAUGAUGAUGCAGCGUUGUAAUUCCGCAGUGGCUUUUUUGGCUUGGAUCCAAUUAUCUUGAUUGAUGUGUCUGUGGUAGCAAUGAUAAGCUUUACGCUUGGAUGCAAGCGCUCGUUGACAGUCAAGGUUCCACCACGGGGGUUUAGGAGGUCGGUCGCUCAGUCUGUUAUUUCUCUGCAUGGUGAACAGGUUGUGAUAUUAUUGGACAAGGUCAUCGUAGGUCCAGUCAUUAUGUGCCGCCCAAGCAUCCAAGAUAUUCAUGGCUUUUAUGCCAUUGGUGGUUGCAUUCUGGUCAGUCUGUUGACAAGUUUUGGUCUUGUCAGGAUUGGGUGUGCGGCAGUCUGGGUUAUUAUUGUUACGGCAGGGGCGUGCCGUGACAUUUGAUGAUAGGGAAGCUGUAUUUCUGUAAGAAGCCGACAUCCAGGGGCAAUCAGUCAAUUACGCAUCAGUGAUGGUCUAGUGUCCAUUCGUAUCGUUU